ACGGAAACCUAGUUAGUUUGGCGGAGGAGCUGUAGCUGCGCCUGGUGUUUGCGGUCACCUGGUGAGCUGGUGUAGAGGAAGACCGGGUUGUGAGGAGUGGAGGCCGGAGGAUAGGGCCCGAGAGUCUGGAAGGUCCCAGUAGCGGGGCUCGAGGUCUGAGGGGCGGGGUCGCGGCGGCGCCAGUGGGGCCGAGGCCGGGGACCCGCAUCCGGGGCGGGGAGAGGAUCCACCGCCUCUGAACUCCCGGUCCGGCAUCUCCCAGGCCUCAUGGCUGUCCGAGCGUCGUUCGAGAACAACUGUGAGGUCGGCUGCUUUGCUAAACUCACCAACACCUACUGCCUGGUGGCCAUCGGAGGGUCAGAGAACUUCUACAGUGUGUUCGAGGGCGAGCUCGCCGAUACCAUCCCUGUGGUGCACGCGUCCAUCGACGGCUGCCGCAUCAUCGGGCGCAUGUGUGUGGGGAAUAGGCAUGGUCUCCUGGUGCCCAACAACACCACCGACCAGGAGCUGCAACACAUCCGCAAUUGCCUCCCAGACUCAGUGCAAAUCCGUCGGGUGGAGGAGCGGCUCUCAGCCCUGGGCAAUGUCACCACCUGCAAUGACUAUGUGGCCUUGAUUCACCCAGACCUGGAUAGGGAAACAGAAGAAAUCUUGGCAGAUGUCCUCAAGGUGGAAGUCUUCAGACAGACGGUGGCUGACCAAGUGCUAGUAGGAAGCUACUGUGUCUUCAGCAAUCAGGGAGGGCUGGUACAUCCCAAAACUUCAAUUGAAGACCAGGACGAGUUGUCCUCUCUUCUUCAGGUUCCCCUUGUGGCAGGUACUGUGAACCGUGGCAGUGAGGUGAUUGCCGCUGGGAUGGUGGUGAAUGACUGGUGUGCCUUCUGUGGCCUGGACACAACCAGCACAGAACUGUCGGUGGUGGAGAGUGUCUUCAAACUGAAUGAAGCUCAGCCUAGCACCAUUGCUACCAGCAUGAGGGAUUCCCUCAUUGACAGCCUCACCUGACUCACCUUCCAUGCUGUUCCCUGGGCUUCUGGUUCUAGACUUGGCACCUUCUCCGCACCCCACUGGAGAUGACAGAGAGCUCAAUGGGAAUUGAGUGACUGGAUGCCCAGCCUUUCUUUGCUUGUGCUCACCUCCUGAAUCUAGUUACCACAGAAAUCUGCUCCAUCGUGCUGGCUGUCAGGUCCUGUGGCUCUUAACUGAGAACUCUUGUUAUCCUGUGCCACCCUAUUAAAAGCACCUGACUCUA